AUGUCCUUCUCCUUCACUAAAAUCUUCCUGAAUCAUGCUCAUCAGCCCUACAUGGCGAGCGAGGAAGUUCACUUCACCCUGUUGUCAGCAGGACCCGGCUUUCUUUCUCCGUCCACCCUGGCGUUCCCCUGUUUCGAUGGAGUGUAUCUCCCAAAACAAGAAAACAACUUCUUGCAUCAUGUCCUGGAUGAGCUGGAAACAUACCAACAGAAAAACAGCCACAACAGUGUGCUGCUGUUUCCUCCCUUACCCAGCAGACUGCGAUACCUGAUUCACAAAACCAUAGAAGACCUGCCAGAGCUCACCACCUUCUCAGUAGGGGAGAGCUGGUGCCGUAGGGUGGUGGUCUGUCCUUGUGAGCUCAGGAGUGAGGUAGAGGAAGACAGCGACUUGGAGAGCAACAGCAGCUUGUGUGAAGAGCCCCUAAGUAUUAGGGAAGAGAGGGAACGCAAUAUCAAGCCUAAACCUUCAAUCCCACCACGAAGCCGAGCACCUAAGAGGCCCGACAAGCCCCUCUACAUGCCACGAGCCGCUCGAGAGAGGCUGUCAUUACGAAACUCACAAGGCUCCACAGCUGGCUCUGAGUCAUUGAGUUCAGCUUGUGUUGAUAGAAGCUCUGUCAACAGUUUGUCUGACUCUUGUACUUGUCCUGAAUCUACAGAAAACACAAAGCUCUCACUAUCUAAACAGGAAUCAUUCCCCAGUGUAGCAGACAGAGUCCCUAAACUGUCUGCAGACAGUUCAGCAAUGUGUCCUCAGGAAGAAGAAAAGCUGGUGCUCAGGCUGGAUGAAGAUGAAGCUCCAGUCUUGGAACAGACUCAGUCCCAGUUUGCUGAACUGACUGUGGAGGAGGAUGAGAAGGAGAAGGACGACACUGCAAGUGUGUCACGCAGUCUCCAGACAGAAGACACAAGCACAGACAAAGAUGGUGUAACUGCAGAGAUCAAGGCACAUCUAAAAGAAGGAGUCUCUGUUGCCAUUGAGCAUGUCCAUAAUGACUACUCUAUGUAUGAGAAUGUUUCCAUCGACUCAGACGACUUUCGCCACGUGAUUGAGAUCUAUGACUUCCCGGUUAUGUUCAAGACUGACGACCUUCUUGAUGCUUUCUCAGAGUACAGUGAUGGUGGAAUGAAGAUCAAGUGGGUGGACAACACACACGCUUUAGGGAUUUUUUCCAGCGAGUCAGCAGCACUCCAUGCUCUUUCUAUCUGCCACCCACUGCUAAAGGCGCGAGCACUGGCUGAUGGGAGUAAAAAAGCUCAAGGCAAGGCCAUCAGACGAGCAGAGUUCAUCCAGCCAGUGAAGGAACGUCCGAGGACAGACUGUGCUGUUGCUAGGCGGAUGGUAACCAGAGCCUUGGGCAUUCAGGGGCGAGGCAGAGUGCAGCGAUAUUGAGGAGUGCCAACAUCCACUACAGGUGAGCGGGCUAAUAACAACGACAGGUUAGGUUUUAGGUUCCCGCAGCUCACAUGUUGGAAAUAUUUUUAUGCCACAGAAGCACUUGUUGCUUUUCGAGCAUUUCAUUUUAUUGAAAACAUAAUGCUUUCCCACAUUCAUCCAUGCAUACAAAAUAAAAACAGACAGCAACCAACAAGUAUCCUUUUAACAUGAAGCACACUUGAAUUGCCACAUUUAGAAAAACAAAAUGUACAAAACCACAAAGAGGCAUUUUCACAUACAUGUGUGGUUGUUACAGCACUUCCACAAUGUAAUCAAAUUCCCUGAUGGUAAUAAUUUAACACAACUCAGACACCGAUAAAGAAAGGGAGAGGAUGUGCAGAACAAGAAGAUGAAAAUGUGUGUGCGGUGUGAAUAAAUUAAAAAUAUUUUCAGAAAUGUAUGUGUCAAGUAUGUGAAAGGCAAAAUCCCAGGAGAAGUAAGCUCUUUGCAAGAUGUUGGUACAUUAAGUGCACGGAGGCUCUAAUAGAAAUUUUCAGUUUGUUAUAAUGAAUCCCUCUGAGAGCAGGAGUUACUUAUCAGACAUGCUGUAUCCACAGAUUGUAGCACAUUGCUCUGCAGAGGUAAUCAUAGGCAUGUAAUUAUUAUUAUUAUUAUGUAUUAUUAUUAAAACUGCUCACAGUUUUGAGUCAGUAAUUCCUUUAACUAUUUACUGUUGAGGCAAAUGUCUCUCGGUUCAGCUGCAAGGCAACAGUACAGGCUGUAGCACCAGAUUAAGCACAACACUAUUUUCACCCGUUCAAACAGAGCUCAGUCCAAGAUUUGUGGUCUCUCAUGUCGUGAUUUUUCUUUGGUUUAAAAUGUUCUCCCAAACACUGGAAACUUUUACGCAGGCGGCCCUUGUUGGCAUGGGUUAUUUAACGAGUUACCUGGCUACAAUCCUCAUGGCAUCUCUCCUGGUAAAUAAACAUCAGAUCAAAUCUACACUGUACUAACACUUUUUGAACAUCUGAAUGCAGUUAAUGGUUUAGUAAGCAAGCAUUUCAUUUUCCCAUUGAGUCAUUGUUUAUUGUACCAGAUGAGCCCGGAGCUCAACAACAAUCCAGCACUGCUCCAAGGAAGCGCAUCCGCCCAGGCCCCCCUCUAGUGGUUGUCAAAUAUUAGUCUGCACCCCCCGUCCACCAAUGCUGACCUGUCCUUCUCAGGUCUACCUGUGAGAAAGCUGGUUGGUAAGCAAUCCAGGGAACGUUUCCUCCGUUUCUGAACUCAGUGUGCCACCUGUUAAGUCAGACAGGAAGAGGUCAGUGAAGAGAUUAGCAACAAAAGGCAAAUGUUCUAGUUAAAGAUCUCCUUAUUAAACCGUUUAUAAAGCUCCCGGGUAAACAGAUUAAUGUUAAUUAAAGACAGUAAUAAUUGCUUUAAAAUGGCUAAAAGUGCACCAUUUGUUCAUGAACGGUGAUGUAAUGUGAUGAUAAAGUGAUAGCACAGCUAUAAAAAAAAUCCAGUUUGUGAUAUUUUUUUUUUUACACUAAAUUGGUAAAACUUUUGUCUAAAGGCAGACUUUGUCCUUUUGUUUUCUACAAAAAGGUCCAGCAGAGGUCUGCCCUCCUUUCACUUCCUUUCCUUUCUCCGAAGAGACUCAAAAGUGGCCGUGUUUGAAUCAGUGACCAUGAUGAGUGAUGACUGCUCACCCUCACUGAUCAGCACAGCAGGCACAGUUAAGAAGAGGCCUGAGAGUUUAAUGCCCAUGCUGCCAUCAUCAUCAUCCAUCCUGAAUGAUCUAUGAGCAGGAGCUGCUGUGCUGUAUUUGAAGCUGACCUCUGACCUUUGUACAUUACUGCGGUGGUGCCUCUUGUUCACUGUUAGCCUGACUAAUAAUGCAAUUAUCAUAGUGAUUUCAGAUGGGAGGCUUAUUUUGAUUUUAUUGCAUGCUGACUCAGAACUAAAAUUUCUUUCAAGGGUGUUUGAUUUCCAGGCAGGGUUUUUUUUGUUUCAGAUUAAUUGGAAGGAUCCAUGGAUGGAUGGAUGUGUUUUUUCCCCCCCUGUUCUCGUCUUGCCCUGCUGAUGCGGGUGAUGAAUUGGUUGUGUAAUUCUACAAAAGUAUUCAUUCCUUUUUAACUUCAUUUGAAGUAUCUCAGGAUUUGGUCAGAGAAGUACAUUGUGUAUAGAUAAGAGUAAUGCAGAUCCGCUAACAAACAGAUUUCAUAAAUAAGAUAAAACACUAUUUGUUUUUUUUAAUUCCAAGAUUUUAAGUUUAUGUUUCUGUUUUAAAAAACACUUUUUUAAAAAAUUGUAUAAUAAUAGGUUGUUACCUUUGUAAUUAAUACACAAAUACUUAAAGUAUAAAGUUCUUCACAUUACAGGAAGCUUUGGGAGGGAGCUUUGAAAUGUUCAGUGUUACCUGUUCCUCUAAUGUUAUAUUGGCUUGUUUUAAUGCCAUUUUUGUCACUGAUGUCUCAUCAAACAUCUCCUGUUUGUAAAAUAUUAAAAUGUCAUUGAGAAACUGUAAAGGUUUGUAUUUAGUAAAAGUUCUACAUAAAAAGGGGGCUUCCUCUGAAAUCA